AUGUGCAACUACAUAUACAAAGAGCUGAGCUGCCAGCACCAUUACCACCUGGUCGAGUCGUGGUGUUCCAAGUACAUCGAGACGGAGCGGCGAUGCCCACCCACCGUCGUAAGCAAGCAGUACUGGGGUAACGACAUAUGCUCCGCCUGCCGUGAACGACAACAACCUAGCAACCACCCCUGGGCCAAGUUGAUCCGGCGGCCGACGACCAGAAUGACCAACUACCCGCGCCACGUCUCCGCCCAGUGA